CACCCCUCCCUCCUUCCCCCGUACCCCAAGGGUCUCGCGAGCGCGCACGCGUGCGAAACUGCGUGGGAAUGGCUGUUUGUGUGAUCGAGGGGGUUGGGCCGCUUGGAGCGAGCUGAGAGCUGCAUGAGUUUGUAAUGUCCGCCAUGUUGGCCAUGGCGUAUUGAACCGGGGAGGAACAGCGGAGCCUAGGGAAAAAGAGAGACCGACAGAGAGCGACCGAGACCCGGGCCUGCCCGGCUCUGUUCGCGCUGCUACGGACCCACGCCUGCCCUCAAUCGACCGGCUGACUCCCAGAGACCGUCACAGAUUCAUCCAUGAGAACUCGAGGCAGACCUGCUGUUAUUCCUAGCAGAUCGAAUAGAUUUAUGCUGCAUCUUUUAUUAUAAAAAUGAGUAAAUUGUCGUUUCGGGCACGGGCGCUGGAUGCUAGUAAGCCUCUACCCGUCUUCCGCUGCGAGGAUUUGCCUGACCUGCACGAAUAUGCCUCAAUCAACCGGGCAGUGCCGCAGAUGCCAACUGGGAUGGAAAAAGAGGAGGAAUCGGAGCACCAUCUCCAGCGGGCCAUCUCGGCACAGCAGGUAUAUGGCGAAAAGCGGGACAACAUGGUUAUCCCUGUUCCCGAGGCAGAAUGCAACAUCACGCACUACGAGUCCCUGUACCCUGGGGAGUUCAAGAUGCCAAAGCAGCUUAUUCACAUACAGCCUUUCAGUUUGGAUACAGAGCAGCCAGACUACGACCUAGAUUCGGAGGAUGAGACGUUUGUGAAUAAGCUGAAGAAGAAAAUGGAAAUCACAGCCCUGCAGUUUGAAGAAAUGAUAGACCGACUGGAGAAAGGCAGUGGACAGCAGCUUGUAAGUCUGCAGGAAGCCAAACUUCUGCUGAAAGAGGACGAUGAGCUGAUCAAGGAGGUGUUCGACUACUGGAGCCGCAAGAGGAAAACCUGCAAAGGUGGUUCCCUCAUCCCCAAUGUCAAGCAGGAGAAGAGGGAUGGCUCUAGCACCAGCGACCCCUAUGUGGCCUUCCGCCGACGGACAGAGAAGAUGCAGACCAGAAAGAACCGAAAGAAUGACGAGGCAUCAUAUGAGAAGAUGCUGAAGCUACGCAGGGACCUGAGCCGAGCUGUCACCAUCCUGGAGAUGAUCAAGAGGCGGGAGAAGAGCAAGAGGGAACUGCUGCACCUCACACUGGAGAUUGUGGAAAAGAGGAAUGCAAUGCCAGACUUUGGCAGUGAGGUGAUGGCAGAGGCACUGGCUCAGCGGGCUCUUGUGAAGCCCGUCUACACCAUCCCCAUCAUUCCCCUGUCCAGCAGUAACCAGUACAGACACCAGGACCACUUGGACAUGAAGGACUACAAGAAGCCGGAGAAGACGGAGGCAGUACGAACCAAAAGGAAAUAUGAAAAGAAACCCAAGAUCACUCCUCUGUCAGCACCUCAACAUUCAGGGCCAUCGGUGUUCAAUCCCAAGGACCUCAACCAGUACGAUUUCCCCAGUUCAGACGAAGAACCAUUUUCACAGAUCCAUUCAGGUUCCUCAGAGGCAGAAGAGGAGAAUGACCCAGAUGGGUGCUAUGCGUUCAGGAGGAAGGCCGGCUGUCAGUACUAUGCUUCUCGUCCAGACCAGAGUGGCAACUGGCCCUGGGUAAGCCCAUCAGAGGGUGGGCUCGGUGACCCACGCUUCCGCUACUGUCUGACCUCGCUGAAUAUGCCGCGGCGCUGCCUAGGUUUGGCACGGCGCCGUGUGGGCAGAGGGGGCAGGGUCUUGUUGGACAGAGCGCACACAGAUCUAGACAACAUCUGUCAGAGCCUGGACUCUGACCCGGAGCCCGAACCACUCGCCUCACCACUUCCAAGCUCUCCGCUCCGCAACUCUAACACCAGUACCUCAGAAACCAAUACCUCGGACCCAGCCAGCUCCUCCCACUUUCCCACCUCUCCAUCACCCCUGUCGUCGUCAUCACCAACACCUAUGGACCUCAGCCAGAUUCUUUUGAACAUUAAAUCUUGCCGCUGGAGGCACUUCAGACCACGGACGCUAUCCCAUCACCCCUUGGGUGGAGGAGACUUGCCUCGCAGAGGAUUUAGGGAUUUUAGCCGGACAGUGUCAGCACUAACCCGGACUUUGUCUGGAGGAUCCAGCUCCCAGAACCGCACUGGCUCAGCCCCCACCCCUGCCAAUGUGUUCACGGCAGAGCAGUACCAGCAGCACCAGGAGCAGCUGGCCCUCAUGCAGAAACAGCAGCUGGAGCAGAGCCAGCAGCAGCAACAAGCCAACAACCCUGCAACAACUACCAACACACAGGCACUUGUGUCCAAGACGCUGGACCAGGCCAGCGCCCAGUUUGCUGCUUCGGCCCUCGUCACCACGGACCAGCUGCUGGCCUUCAAGUCCAAAGAGGAGCUGGUGCUUGCGAGUGGAGUCAACGGGGUCCUGGCAGGUGCAGGUGUUUUCAAAGGCUUGCACCUCUCCAGCACAACUGCAGCCCUUCACCAGACCAACCAGUCGACACACACUACCACCUCCGCAACCCCGACUUUCCUCCAGCCCUCCUCCAACUCGGCCACACCUUCGCCCGCCAACGCCGUCCCCACCUCCCUCACCUCCACCCCCAGCGCCCACGCAGCAGCAGCGCUGGGGCUCCUGGGAUGCAGCGCCGCCAACGCCACCCCCGCCACCACUCAGGUCCUCAUCGGGAACAACAUCUGUCUGAGCGUGCCGUCGGCCACCAGCCUGGCCGGGCGCCACAUCCCCCGGACCCUCGGCAACGUGCCGCCCUCUGCCUUAAAGCUGUCCGCCACCACCAACCUGCAGAUGCCCAAAGUUUCUGGAGCAUCGUCCAUGGACAUGGGCUCAAGGGAUAAUCAUGACGAAGACAAGCCAGCACUGAACAGUAUAGCAGACAACACAGUGGCCAUGGAGGUGACGUAGUAGUGGUGCAGUGAAGGGUCCGCUCUUUAGGUGCUGUGCAUCGUAGCAUCGGGAAUGCAAAAGGGACAGCAGGACUCUGACGCAGACUGACAGAAUGACGGGUGGCCGCAGCCGCUCGCUUGCAAUUCUCAUCUCUCAUACUUUUUAAAACCCUUUUUUUUUUUUGUUUUUUUUUUUUUGUUGUUUUUUUUUUUUGUUACAGUUAAAAGUAAAAGAUUGACUGUAAAUUAUGAAUAUGGCAAAAUUAGUAUCUGUACAGUAACUACAUAUUUGUAAUAUCCCCCUUGUACAUACUACUUGAAUACAGAACUGUCCAUUUGUGAUGUUUUGCACUUGGGAGACAAACUUAAAGGAAAAAAAAAAGUAAGCCAAGUAACUUGUGGCGAGUGUGAGAGAUGUGGGAGUUGUAUAGAGAAGAGUUUUAUCACAUCAUGUGCAUGGUGCGGAGCCUGCUGUUUUUAUCUAUUUAUUGUGCUGUGUUUACAGUUUUUUUUGUUUUUGUUUUUUGGUUUGUUUUGUUUUUUUAUUUGUACACUGUACCUUUGUUGGUUCAUGUGCUGUAGUAAUUGUUAGGUAGCUACGGACUCCUGGGUAUUUUUGUAUAUUGUGAACACAAAGCAGGUCCCCCCCCCCC